UAAAGGGUGCAGGGUUUGGGAAGCUAGGAAGGCCGAGUUGGGGAACCCGAGAGGAGGGCGGGGCAAGCAGCGAGCCCGGGCUUUGUGCGCUGAGGAGUUGAGGUCGGAAUUGCGCGGUUAGUUUGUGAGCGGUGAUGGCGCGGUGCUGAGGGGCUGCAUUUGUGAUGAGCAUCUGUUUCUGCUAACACCGUGGUAGGCACCAGCCCUUGUUCUGCUCUGUGACUGAGGAGCUGUGCAUAGCAAAGCCAUGGCUCAGGUGUCAGUACUGUUCCGUGAUGUGUACAUAGACUUCUCUCAGGAGGAAUGGGAAUGCCUGACUGAGGAGCAGAGAGAUUUGUACAGAGAUGUGAUGUUGGAGAAUUAUAGCAACCUGCUUUCAAUGGUCCUGGAAUCAAGAUGUGAGGCCCAGAAAUUGUUUUUGAAGAAGGAACUUUAUGAAAUAGAGUCAGCACAGUGGGAGAUAAUAAGGAAACUCACAAGACAGGACCUUCAGUGCUCUAGUCCCCGAGGUGCCUGGGAAUGGAAUGGCCAGUGUUCGAGACAGCCUGGAUCUCAGGAGAGACAAUUCAGUGAACUGAUAAUCAAUCGUGAAGACACGCCCACUCACAAUCAGUAUCCAUCCUUCAGGCUUCAGCAAAUUAUUAAGAAUAAAGAGAAAUAUUGUGCAAGUAAAGAAAAUAGGAAACACUAUAAACAUGGCUCGCAGUUUACUACCCAUCAAAUUAUUCGUACCACUGAGAAGCCGUAUGAAUGUAAGGACUGUGGCAAGACCUUUAGACACCCCUCAGGACUUACUCAUCAUCACAAAAUUCACACUGGAAAGAAACCCUUUGAAUGUAAGGAAUGUGGAAAAACGUUUAUUUGUGGUUCAGACCUAACACGACAUCACAGAAUUCAUACAGGUGAGAAACCCUAUGAAUGUAAGGACUGUGGAAAAGCCUUUAGCAGUGGUUCAAAUUUUACUCGCCAUCAGAGAAUUCACACUGGUGAGAAGCCUUAUGAAUGUAAAGAAUGUGGGAAGGCUUUUAGUAGUGGUUCAAAUUUUACUCAACAUCAGAGAAUUCACACUGGAGAGAAACCAUAUGAAUGUAAGGAAUGUGGCAAUGCCUUUAGUCAGAGUUCACAGCUCAUUAAACAUCAAAGAAUACAUACUGGUGAGAAACCCUAUGAAUGUAAGGAAUGUGAAAAGGCUUUCCGGUCUGGCUCUGACCUCACUAGACAUCAGAGAAUUCAUACUGGAGAGAAACCCUAUGAAUGUAAGAUUUGUGGGAAAGCCUAUUCUCAGAGCUCACAACUUAUCAGUCAUCAUAGGAUUCACGCUGGUAAGAAAGCCUAUAAAUAUGAGGACUGUGGAAAGAACUUUAACUAUGACUCACAACUUAUUCAGCAUCAAAACUUAUAUUGGUGAUAAACAAAAACAUACAAGAUGUAUGUGAAGACUCAAAACAAUCAGAGAAUCUACCUUUAAAACCCCUCUAGACUGAAGAAUGUAGAAACAGUUUACUUGUCAAUGACAGCUUGUUCAUCUGAAGAGAAUUCAUAUUGGAGAGAUAACCUAUGAAUAUAGUAUAUUCUGGAAGCCUAUUAGUAACUGUUCCUAUUUUUAUUGACCCAGAUUGUUCAGUCUGCACAUAAUUGAAAACAAUACUUUGAACUUAAACAUCAGAAUUCAUGUAGGAAUGUAAUCUUAUGGUUUUCCUUGUUUCCUUAGGUUUUUUUUUAAUAUAAUUGUUACAUUAACAUUUUAAUCCAUUUUGACUUUACAUGGCUAUAAAGUUUUUCUGUUAACAUAAUUUCAAAAUACCUUAAUUUUUAAAGUUAAUGAAAGUGCCAUUUUUAAUUUUAAA